AUGGCUAUAGUUGGUUUUCCGCUUCUUCAGAUCCUGCUGCUUAUCUCACUUUUAAAUGUUUGGUCAAUUCUAGGUCCAGCCAAAAUUGUUCAUCCACCAUUGGAUACAAAAGCAAUUGCUGGAGAAUCGAUUUUAUUUUUCUGUCAAGCUGAAGGUAAUCCUGUACCCAGAGUUGUCUUCCGUUGGAAUGAUAUUGAAAUAACCCAGAACAGACCAGGUUUACAAUUCAAAGAAUUAUCUGCAGACAGUGUUGCUUUACGCGCUAAAUUAGAACUAAGCCAUAACGGGAAUACUGUAACGUGUUUUGCACAGAAUCAUGUUGGCUCAGAUUCAGCCACUGCACAAAUCUCAGUAUACAAUGCUAAUGAAACUCCGCCAAGAGGAUUUCCAAAAGUCCAUCAAGAUCCAUCUGCUACUAUAAGUCAAGUUGGUGAUUCAACACAUUUACAGUGCGAUGUUUCAGCUGAACCUCCUGCUACAGUCUAUUGGAUCAAAGAUCAGUUUGAAUUGAUCGAUACAAGUCUUCCAAGAUUUCGGAUUGUUGGAUCUGGAUCUCUUGUAAUUGAAACUCUGCUUGAAACGGAUUCUGGCGCUUAUGAGUGCAUGGCACGCAAUGAAGUAGGGACAGUGUUAAGUAAUUCAGGUCAUUUGCAUGUUAGACAUAAUCUUACAAUUGCUUAUCAUUUUCUUCAACAAAGAGGUAUCCAGUUCCCACCAACAAUCAAUGAAAUGCCCGAGAAAGUUGAAGUAUCUCCCGGAAAGGGGACAAACCUAACUUGUCGAGCGGGAGGAUUUCCAAUACCUAUGGUUUGGUGGUCAACAUUGGGUACACCAGCUGGACCAAGACACUCAGAACCAAUUAUGCUUGCUGAACGUGCAUUAACUGAACCACAACCUCAUGAAGCAACAUUACGUUUGACGGAUAUCACAGAGUCAUCUGGUUAUAACUGUAUUGCCAAAAACGGUCUUGGCUUAGUACGACGAAAUGUCAGCGUAAUUGUAAGGCAGCUGCCUGCUCCACCAUCAAGUUUAGAUGCACGACCUAUUGGUGGAACUUAUGCUGUACUCAGAUGGCCUCCAAGUAUAUCAUCUGGAGUUGAUUCAUACACAGUCAGUCUACAAGUUAAUAAUGGUGACUUAGGUGAACUUGGACGCCGUCAGAUCACAAAUAUUGAUCCAUCUGAAAUGAAAUCAGAAAUUUCACCCAGUCUGCUAGAUAUAACAUAUUCCAAGGAAAAUCCUAUGAUCACAUACAAUCUUACUGAAUUGAAUCCAUACACUUCAUACACAGCUCAAGUACAUGCUGUCAGCAGGGUGGCUGGUUUAUCUCUACCCAGUGAUUCUGUGAAGUUUAGAACAGCAGAACUAGCACCUGGAUCACCUCCACAAGUAAUUCAAGCCAAUGUUGAUUCUCCAGAUUCUGUGGUUGUAACGUGGAAGCCACCAGUUGAAGCAAAUGGUCGUAUCACGGGUUAUAAACUGUAUUACACAACUCGACCAGAAGAUUCACUCAGUUCAUGGUUGAUUGCCAGAACAGCCCAAGAGAAGUAUCAACUUACAAAGCUUGUUCCAAAUGCAACCUAUUAUCUAAAGGUCAAUGCGUAUAACGCUGCAGGCGACGGUCCAGUUAGUGAACAGUUACCAAUUGUAAUUACACCUGGAGUUCCAACUGCACCUACAAACUUUCGAGGUGUCUCUAUAAACCAACAAAUAUCCAUUUAACUUGGAUACCACCAGAUAUGCCAAAUGAUCAAAAGCUACUUGGUUACAAGUUGAGAUUUCGACCUGGUAGUACAAGGGAUCUAAUGAAGUCCCAAGAUUAUGCACAACAAGGCAAUCAACGAAGUUCAAAGAUAUUGGUUACUGAAACACGUGACAUUGCUGCAGAUGCUCAACAAUAUUUAUUAACUGAUCUGGAGCCAAGUACACGAUAUUACUUGAGUUUGGCUGGUCAGACGAUACACGGUUACGGAGUCGCAGCACAAAUAGAAGUUCAGACAAAUGAUUAUC